AUGGGCAGUGCCACCGCUUACAGUGUCUACGGGAAGCCGCCUCAGUCCUACUUUGACCCGGCCUACGAUGAGAAAGCAGCCAAGUCAUACAUGGACUCAGUGUACGAGGAGAAGAAGAAAGUAGAGAAGAAGGCCCGCUCCGAGGCCGUCUGCUGCGAGGUCGUGGCGCUGGUCUUCGGAUUCGUCGGCCUGAUCGGUGUCUCCGCGGUGACCGGCUUGCCCAUGUGGAAGGUGACAGCAUUUAUCCAGGAGAACAUCAUCGUCAUGGAGACGCGCUGGGAGGGCCUGUGGAUGAACUGCUAUAGACAAGCCAACAUCAGGAUGCAGUGCAAAGUGUACGACUCUCUGCUGUUCCUCCCUGCGGACCUGCAGGCGGCCAGAGGCCUCAUGUGCUCCUCCGUAGCUGUGUCCGCCAUCGCUCUGAUCCUCUCUGCCGUGGGGAUGAAGUGUACCAAGGUGGUGGACAGCCGGCCUCGUACCAAACACAUCAUCCUGGUGACCGGGGGAUGCCUGUUCCUCGUGGGUUGUGUCACCACCAUCAUCCCAGUCUCUUGGACGGCCAACGUGAUCAUCCGUGACUUCUACAACCCCCUGCUGAUCGACGCCCAGCGCAGGGAGCUGGGAGAGGCGCUCUACAUUGGAUGGGUGACUUCGGCUCUGCUGUUUGUGGCUGGGGUCAUACUGCUGUGUCGCCACGCACCCCGGGUAGGAGACGAUGAGAUGGAGAGGAUGGUCAACGGGCCUGGGUACAUCUACCAGCCUGGAGUGAACUACCAGCCUGGAGUAAACUACCAGCAGGGUUCAGCAUACGCAUACCAGCCAUAUUCCUACCAACCCAACUACUCAGCUCCACCCGGAUCUGUGGUCUACGCUCCUAACCAGUACAUGUGA